UGUGGUCACACUAAAUACUCUUGGUCCAAAGGGCGAUUUAACAAACAUUUUGAAACUAUGUGGAAAUAUACUAUUCAAAGUACCAGCAAAUUAGCAGGAAAUGCUACAUUAUGCAGGCGAAUUGUAACGCACAGUCCUAAAUUGGCAGCGGAAGCAAAUCGAAACAAAGAGAAGGCAAGUGAGAAUGAGUCCUUCAUGGCCAACAUAUUUCGGGGUUCUCUGGUAUCAAGCCAAGUGUUCCCCUACCCAGAUGUUUUAUCCGCGGACCAAAAGGACCUUACCAACAGCCUGAUAGACCCGUUUGAACGGUUCUUCUCCGAUGUUAAUGACGCAGCUCGCAACGAUAAGAACGCUCAACUGGAUGAGACUACGGCACAGGCUUUGUGGGAGCUUGGGGCCUUUGGAAUACAAGUGCCAUCUGAUUACGGUGGCCUGGGUCUGAACAAUACCCAGUACGGAAGGCUGUGCGCCAUUGUGGGUGCCAAUGAUCUGGGACUGGGCAUCACGAUUGGCGCCCAUCAGAGUAUUGGAUUCAAGGGAAUACUUUUGUACGGCACCCCGGAACAAAAGGCGAAAUAUUUGCCCAAAGUAGCCGCUGAACAAGUCUACGCUGCCUUUGCCCUCACUGAACCAAGCUCCGGAUCUGACGCUGGAUCCAUCCGAUGCCGCGCUGUGAAAAGUGCCGAUCAGAAAUACUACGUACUCAAUGGUUCGAAAAUCUGGAUUUCCAAUGGUGGAAUCGCGGAAAUUAUGACUGUUUUCGCUCAGACCGAGCAAGUCGACCCAAAAACUGGCGAAAAGAAGGACAAGGUGACUGCUUUCAUUGUGGAAAGAUCUUUCGGAGGCGUUACAAAUGGUCCACCGGAGAAAAAAAUGGGUAUCAAGUCCUCAAAUACGGCUGAAGUCUACUUUGAAGAUGUGAAAAUACCUAUCGAAAAUGUGCUAGGCAAGGAAGGAGACGGAUUUAAGGUGGCCAUGAACAUAUUGAACAACGGUCGUUUCGGAAUGGGAGCCACGCUAUCGGGAACAAUGAAGAAAUGCAUUGAAUUGGCCACCGACCAUGCUAACAAUCGGGUGCAAUUCGGACAAAAGCUGAAGAACUAUGGAUCCAUUCAAGAUAAAUUGGCCCAGAUGAAUAUUCUUCAAUAUGCCACUGAAUCGAUGGCUUUUACUAUUUCGCAAAACAUGGACGCUGGAAGCAAAGACUACCACUUGGAAGCGGCGAUAUCGAAGAUCUAUGCUUCGGAAAGCGCCUGGUACGUUUGCGACGAGGCUAUUCAAAUUCUAGGUGGCAUGGGAUAUAUGGUGGAAACUGGUUUGGAACGAGUCCUAAGAGAUUUGCGCAUUUUCCGUAUAUUCGAGGGCACAAACGACAUAUUGCGGCUAUUUAUUGCACUGACUGGUAUCCAAUAUGCCGGAUCCCAUCUUAAGGAACUGCAGCGUGCAUUUAAGAAUCCUUCAGCCAAUUUGGGUCUGAUUUUCAAAGAAGCCUCUAAGCGCGCUGCCUCGACUGUCGGCUUGGGCGGCACCGAUCUUAGUGUCCACGUGGUGGAUGAACUAUUACCCUAUGCGAAAAAAACGGCCCAUUGUAUUGAUCUUUUUGGUCAAUCGGUGGAAGAGCUAUUGCUGCGAUACAACAAAAAUAUAGUAAACGAACAAAUUUUACUUACACGACUGGCAAACGCUGCCAUUGAUAUUUAUGCAAUGGUUGUGACGCAAUCACGAUCAUCUCGUGCAGUUAGUCUAAAUCUUCCAACUGCACAGCACGAGAUUAACAUGACAAAGGCACUAACUAUUCAGGCAUCUGACCGAGUGAUUAAGAAUUUGCAGGCAGCUACUUCUAGGCAUCAUAAGGCUUUAAAUGACAAAAUUUCAACAAUUGCUAAAACUACUCUUGAAAAUGGCGGUGUAACAACGACUGGCGUCUUAGAUCAAAUUUAGAAAAAUUAAUUUUUAUACGAAUUUAAAUCCUUUGAUUGUUCCCUUAAAGAAUUGAAAUAAAGUCUUGUAAAUAAUGAAACAAUAAAUACAUAUCUCUCUCUUUACAAAAAUAUUAAA